GUAUCCAUCAUGUCCAGCAGUAUUCAGAUUACGGCCGACGACAAACCGGCAACCGGCUUGAUCACACCAACCAAGACACCGGCACCGCCACCGCCAGUGUCUAGCAUUCCCUCCAGCCCAUCUCAUCUGCAGCUGCCGUCACCGAUUAUAACGCGCCGCACCAGAACCGCUUCAACGUCUGACCGUGCGAUGCGCAACCCAAUCGAGGAGGGUAAGGUGAAAUCGUUCAGCCGAAGCAAAGGUCACGGUUUCAUCACCCCGAACGGCGGCGGUGACGACAUCUUUGUGCAUAUUUCCGACAUCGAGGGUGAGUACGUGCCGCUGCCCGGGGACGAGGUCAGCUAUCGGCUCUGCUCGAUACCGCCCAAGUACGAGAAGGUGCAGGCAAUCCACGUGCAGAUAACGCACCUAACGCCGGAAAAGCAUUCGCGCUGGGAAACGUGCAUGAGCCAUGACGAUGGACCCCACCGGCUCCAUUAGGGUCGGUGGAACGAGCCGGCGCCGGAUCAGCUCCACCAGCAGCAGCAGUAUGCAGCUGCUGCGAAAGGGAAGCACGAUUCACGCCGGUGGCCCGAUAUAUCGUUCGAUUUUGCGUAGGAUGAUGAUGAGU